AUGCUCCAGGCCGGCUUCAUUCCACCUCAGCCGACUGUCGGAUCGCCUCCGGAAGACGACGGAGUCACCGACGAUCCGAAGGUCGAGCUCGACGAUCGAGAGCUCUGGCAGAAGUUUUCCCAGUGCGGAACCGAGAUGGUCAUCACAAAGAGCGGAAGGUUGGUUUUCACUUUCCAAAUUCCUUAUCGCCCGUUUCUUGUCUCAUUUGGCUCCGUUCCCAUUCAUAAGCCAGACACUCUGUCUUCCUUUUUUAAGCAUUUCUUACGGUUUUGCCUUUCAAGAAAACACUUUUCCCAUAGCUGCUAUUUUGUUAGUUUGGUUGCCAAUUUUUUAAAAUUUGAAAUUACAAACAUAGUUAGUUUCUUCUGCGACAUCCACUCAAUCCACUCAAGACUCCAGCACCCAUUUUUUCUGGCCCUCAGCUGUCAGAACUUUUUGCUUUUCCAAGUGCUCUUCCCAUUAUAUUCACUGCUUUUUCGUCGGCUCUAACGUGUCUUUGAGCCCAUUCCCUUUUUUAAAUGCUUCCCUGAAAUUGUCAAAUUUCACACCAUCCGUGCCAGAAAUCGUCGCCCUCUCUGACACCCCAAAUCGAAUUUCCUACAGUAAUCUCGGCGGCGGCGACACGAGAGCAAAAGGGAGCAAGAGAGGGGGAAAAAGAAAGAGCAGGACGACAAAAAGGCGUGAAAAUGUUUAUCACAAGCCGUGUCACAGACGUCUUUUCGCUUGUCGCUUUCAAAAAAAAUGAGGGGAAAAGUGUGACAAUUGGCGCGGGAGUGGGCCCGAAUCGAUGGAGCCGUGGGGGACCCACUUGACUUCUUCUUCUUCUUCGUUGCCCUAUUUGCAUUUCGGAUAAUUCAAUUUCCAUUCCCAUAUCCCCCGGAUCAAAUUUCAGUAGUGUUGGUGUGCAACUGAGGGGAAAUCGAGCACGAAUUACUGGGGAUCAUCUGGAACUCAACUGUUUCUUCUUUCCAGACGGAUAUUCCCUGCCUACCGGGUGAAAGUGAGUGGUCUCGACAAGAAGAGCAAGUACUUUGUGAUGAUGGACCUGGUGCCGGCCGACGAGCACAGGUACAAGUUCAACAACAGCCGGUGGAUGAUCGCCGGAAAGGCGGAUCCCGAGAUGCCCAAGACCCUCUACAUACACCCGGAUUCGCCGGCGACAGGUAAACGGGAUUACUGUAUCGCACAGAGGAUUAGCAUCGGAUUAACUUUGCAGGCGAGCAUUGGAUGUCCAAGGGCGCCAACUUUCACAAACUCAAACUGACGAAUAACAUUUCGGAUAAGCACGGAUAUGUGAGUGAAUAGGGCCUCUUUUUAUUGCCUUUUUGGGCGGAUUACCUUUACUGUCGACGGUCUGAGUCCCCAAAUCCUCUGCGAUUGUUGUUGGCGGGACCGCUCGCUACAGUACUCUCGAAUCAUUUCAUAUGCGCGCGCCAAAACAAAGAAGAAGAAGCCGGGCGAAUCCGAAGCGAAAGAGUCGAAUUUCGCACCGAGACAGAGGACUUUUGUGGGGGGCAAAAGAAUAAAUGAAUUUGCAAAGAGACUCUUUUGAAUGCUAGUGCCGACAGACGGCUGAAAGGGGGUAUCGUAAUUGCCACGUCAUUGCAUUACUACAGUAGUACUUCUAACGUGAUCCGUCAAAGUAGUAUGUCAAAACGGAUGGACUGAGAUGUUAGAAUGAAGAAAAUAUGGAUGCACAUUCGUUUCUUCUUCUUCUUCUUCUUCUUCCGUUCCCAUUCCGAAUGAUUUGUCUAAAGAGCACGUCACUUUCCCUUCUGAACUUCUGACUCUGAUUCCACUUCUCCGCGGGGGCAUCGAAUUUCGCGGGCGCCGUCAGUUUUGCCGCUUUCUCGUAUUAUUUGUUGCCCCCGAAGAGAUUUGUCGGUUUCGAAUGUCAUUGCCUUCUUCUUCUUCUUCUUCUUCUUAUUCCCAUCACUAAUCUUCGCAAAUCCUUGCAGACGAUUCUCAACUCGAUGCACAAGUACCAGCCGCGUCUGCACGUCGUCCGAUGCUCCGACCGUAUCAAUCUCAUCUACAGCACGUUCCGCACGUUCGUCUUCCGCGAGACCGAGUUCAUCGCCGUCACCGCCUAUCAGAACGAGAAGGUGAGUGAGUGUGUGUCACAUUUCACACCGGAGCUACCGUACACCCCCUCGCCUCCCUCUCUAUCGACGGCGCCCAUCAUUUUAAUUCGCGCUACCGUACUCGUUCCUCCCCGCCAGCAAUCUGGUUCCUGCCAUUGAAUCACGAAGACAAUCCGUCUUUUUGCAGGUCACCGAACUGAAAAUCGAUCACAAUCCGUUCGCGAAAGGGUUCCGGGAUGCGGGAGCCGGGAAGCGCGAGAAGAAGCGGCAGUUGCACCGGAUGAACGGAGACGCGACGCAGAGCCCGCCCGGCAAGACCGCCUCCCUUCCGACGCAUUCUCCGCACCCGUCCGAGUCCGCUUCCGAAGACGACGAGCCGGCGGCGAAGCGGUCGAAACCGGAGCCGACGGCGCAGCAGCAGACUCCGAGCACCUCGAGUCUUUCCACGUCGACGACGCCGACGCUCUCCGCGCAUCCUCUCCGUUCGCCGGCGUUCUGCAUGCCUCCGAUGGACAUGAUCUACCCGAAUAACCUGGAUAUUCUGGCGGCCGCGCACUGGCAGAACAUGGCCUCCCUCUUCUCUCCCUUCUCGCACCUCGCCGCUUUGGGCUCUCCGGCCGCUUCUCUGCUCUCCAAACAUCUUGCCAAGGUCGAGGAGGCAAAGGAGAUCAAGGCGGAGGUGUCGGACGCCUCCGAAUCGGACAAGCCGACGACGCCGCCGAAAAAGGGCGGCUUCGAUGUGUCGGAUCUGCUCGCAAAGCCAUAA